CAAGUGGGUCUCUGGUUGUGCUUCCAAAAAGUGGCACAAACAAUAGAAAAAGGGGUUAACAAAAUGAGAACGGGCAAAGCUUACCGCCAUUCAUCAAAACUGAUGAAACCGUCAUUAUUCAAGUCCAUCUCGUCAAAGAAGCCAUUCAGCCUCCGCAUCGGCACCGACAGACCAGCGCGCUGGAAGGCUGCCCGAAGCUCCUCCUUGUUGAGUCUGCCGUCCUUGUCCCUGUCUAUGGACUUGAAUAGCAGAAGGAGCUGCCUCUCUGCAGCCUCAACGAAGACUCGGAAUUCUAGUUUGCAGCGGUCUCAGCCUCUGGUUCCCGGUUGUCUGUGCCUCUCUUCCAUCCGGUUCCCGCCCAAUAGACGUGGAGAGGGACACGCACCUUCGUACUGAAUCUUGCCGUCGCCGUUUGUAUCG